AAAAUCAACCCUUCCAAACUUGAUUUAGAAGGCAGUCGGUGGAGGUUGGUGCUCCCUCAAGGAGGCCGUUCGUUCUGUGGUGGCGGCGGCGAUUCCUGACUGACUGAAACGGGGGAUGGCUCCUCCGCUGCAGGAUACCGGAGUGGGAGUCGGGGAGAAAACAAUAAAUGGGAGCCAGAUCUGUUCCCGCCGUUUUUUCACCUGGGAAGAGAUCGCCCUGCGGACCGGCCGGAUGAAUCCUUACCUUCAGGAGCGGUGGCUGGUGAUCGACCGGAAGGUCUACGACAUCAGCCAGUUCCACAAGAGGCACCCGGGGGGAUCCCGCCUGAUCAGCCACUAUGCCGGGCAGGACGCCACGGAUGCAUUCACAGCUUUCCAUCUUCAUAAAGAUCAAGUGAGCAAGUACUUGAAUUCGCUUCUGAUAGGGGAACUAGCACCAGAUCAGCCUAGUUCUGAGCCUGGCAAAAAUCAAUUGCUCAUUAAUGACUUCCGGGAGCUGCGAUCCACUGUUGAGAAAAUGGGACUUCUGAAGCCAAAUAGCCUUUUCUUCUUCCUCAUGUUUCUUCACAUCGUAGUGUUGGAUGUUGCUGCCUGGUUUACUAUCUGGUACUUUGGGUCAUCCUUGUUGCCCUUUCUCGUAGGUGUUGCCCUGUUUACUGUCGCUCAGACACAAAUGUCCUGGUUCCAGCAUGACUUGGGGCACCUUUCAGUCCUUAGGACAUCCAAAUGGAAUCGAGUGGUUCAUAAGCUCCUAAUGAGCCUAGUGAAAGGAAUGCCAGCCCAGUGGUGGAAUUAUCUGCAUUUCCAGCACCAUGCCAAACCUAACUGCUUUCGUAAAGACCCGGAUCUCAAUAUGCAUCCCAUUGUGUUUGCUUUGGGGAAAAAACUGGCAGCAGAGCUCGGGAUGCGGAAGAAGAAGUUCAUGCCUUACAACUACCAACAUAAGUACUUCUUCAUCAUGGCCCCAACUUUGCUAGUUCCCUUCUUCCAGUUGUCCAUAUUCUAUUCUUCAAUCAAGCGAAAAGAAUGGCUAGACCUAGCCUUGAUUGUGUCCUACAACAUCAGAGUCUGUUUUAUCUACGUUCCCCUAAUGGGAUUUAAAUGUUUUAUGGCUUACUACUGGCUCUCCAGGCUUUUAGAAUCAUGCUGGUUUACCUGGGUUUCACAAAUGAACCACAUCCCUAUGAAUAUUGAUUAUGAUAAAAACAUGGAUUGGGUCUCUAUGCAGCUCCAGGCAACCUGCAACGUGGAACAGUCCCCCUUCAAUGACUGGUUCACUGGCCACCUGAAUUUCCAGAUUGAGCAUCACCUUUUCCCCACCAUGCCUCGCCACAACUACUGGAAGGUGGCUCCCCUGGUACAAUCGCUGUGUGCCAAGUAUGGCAUUGCAUAUCAAAGCAAGCCCCUGCUCACAGCCUUUGCCGACAUUUUGCACUCUCUGAAGGAUUCAGGAGAGAUCUGGCUGGAUGCAUAUCUGCACAAAUAAGAAGUUACAGGCCUCCAGAACAAAUCCCAGCAUCAGCUACGAAGAUGUUUCGCAGACUAGAGAACGGUUAAUGUACUAAGGAAGAGUUUGGGAUCUAGCGGGUGAGCCGGAUAAAUGUUGGUGGUUUUGGGAUGUGAUGUUUCUGAACCUAUUUCCCACAUCUUGUGCACGUGUUUUGAUUCUUACACUGUGUUUAUAGGAUGAGGUGGCUGUUAAGAAAUGAAAGGUUUGUUUCAUGUAUGAGUACAUUUUGGUUUUUGCACAUAUGAGGUUGAAACCUGACCAUUCUCUUCCCUCAUGGCAGUCAGGCAGAGGAGCUUUCAGGAGAAGAACUUAACGCAGGAGGACAGUGAGGAGUGACUGAAAACAUAGUAACAUCUGUGGAAGCUCCACAGUUGAAUGGAAAUUUUAAAUCCUAAGUUAAGCUGCAAGGUCAGGUAUGCUGUUUUGGCUUUCUGUAGGGGAACAGUUAAUAGCUGAGUUUAAAGCCCACUCUGGGGUGUAUUUGGGUUGAAAUUUCAAAAUGUCUUAUGAUAAGAGCAUUGGUUGUGGUUGGUUAAGGUUUUAAUAAUUCUCAUUGUAGCCAGAUGAUUAAUAUUCUCCUGGUGAAUGAUGUUGUGUGGUUUGAACCGUGAGGUGGGCCGAACUGUCCCAUCUCCAUCUGCAGAUGGCAGCAUUGUGUAAGGCACUAUUCUGUAUUAAAUUGAGAAAGAGGAUCAAAGUAGAACUGUAGCAGAUGCCUCAUGGUUCAUGGCUUAACAGAAGAGAGAGCCCCUGCCUGAGAGAGGAACAAGCUAGUAUCCUGCUUGUCUAGCGUGUACUUCAAGGAAUAUAUGAGCCCAGGUCUGUGUGCCAGUGUCCAUUCCCACUGUAUCCCUUCCUCUUUUGAGGUAAAUUGCCCACUUGAAGUCUGUGUGUGAUCAGGUGCCUGUUCACACAGGCUUUGAAGUGCACAUUGAAAAGGGGAGAGUUGUCAUUCCUCCACCAUGCAAGGGCUUCUGCCACUGGGGAGCUAUGAAUUUGAGCAGUGACUCUCUGGCAGCAUGACUUGAGAAAGUGAGCUAAAUUCAUAUUUGCUGUCACAACUCAGGAUUGAAAGAACUGCUGUUGUGUUUGUCCUUUAGCUCAGUCCUCUUAGGAUGUACUUCAUGUUUAAAUAUUUGUAUUUAUUUGUAUCUUUUAAUAUAUUUCAUAAAUUAC